AUGGUGCGCCCGAAGAAGGCAGAGGUCAGCGACUAUGAGCGCAAGAGGCAGGAGAACAUAGCGAAAACGCAGGCGCUGCUGCAUAACCUCGAGAUGGAGGCGGCGCAAGCCGGUUUGGGGCCUACAUCGAAAGCCGCAACAUCUGCAAAACCGAAGACGAAAAAAGCAUCAGCAGCGAGAAAGGUCAAGGUGGAGGAUGUAGGCCCCCGACGCACAUCCUCGCGUCUCAAGGGCAUCGAGGCCGACAGCGAAAAAGCGAAGCGCAAGGCAGAGGAAGAGUUCGUCGCUAUCAAAGAGGCCGACCGCGCAAAGCGACAGCGCGUCAGCGGUGCUUUCAACUUCGGCGACAUCACCGUUGUCGGCAAGACUUGGGAUCAGAGCGGGAGCUUCUUGCGCAUCGUUGGACCUGCAAACCCGUACGAACGCACCUUCGACUUCGACGACGCGAACGAGACUACAGACAAGGAUGUGAAGGAGCUGAGAGAGCGGAUGAGCGGGCUGCAGCUCUGGGAAGACUUUGAGCCAAACGAGAUCAAGAUCACGCCUGAGCGAAUCUACGCCAUGGGCCUGCAUCCGACCGAGGAGAAGCCCCUCGUGUUUGCUGGCGACAAACUGGGCAAUCUCGGUAUAUGUGACGCCUCGCAAAAGGCCGCAGAAGUCAAGGUGGAGGACGAUGAAGAUGCCGACACAGAGGGACCGACUAUCACCACGCUCAAACCGCACACACGCACAAUCCACACCUUCCAGUUCAGCCCGCAUGAUUCCAACGCCCUCUACUCUGCCUCGUACGACUCGUCCGUACGGAAGCUCGACCUCGCAAAGGGCGUGGCAGUCGAAGUCUACGGCCCUCAAGACCCCAACGAAGACCAGCCGCUGUCCGGUCUCGAAAUCUCAAAAGACGACGCAAACAUGCUGUACUUCUCCACCCUCGACGGCCGCUUCGGCAUGUACGACAUGCGCACCGAAGUCAUGGACGCACAAAUUUUCCAGCUCUCCGACAAGAAAAUCGGCGGCUUCAGCCUGCAUCCCCAACAACCGCACCUCGUCGCCACCGCAUCGCUCGACCGCACGCUGAAGCUCUGGGACCUGCGCAAGAUUACCGGCAAGGGCGACGAGCGAGGCCCCGCGCUGGUGGGCGAGCACGAGAACCACCUAUCCGUAUCCCACGCAGCGUGGAACUCCGCAGGUCAGGUCGCAACCGCAUCGUACGACGACACAGUCAAGAUCUACGAUUUCGGCAACUGUGCAGCGUGGAAAGCAGGUCACACGCUGACCGAGGCGGAGAUGAAGCCCAGCGUGAUUGUGCCACAUAACAACCAGACUGGGCGGUGGGUUACCAUACUCCGUGCCCAAUGGCAGCAGUUUCCCCGCGACGGCGUGCAACGCUUUUGUAUCGGCAACAUGAACCGCUUCGUCGACAUCUACACGGGCAAGGGCCAGCAAUUGGCACAGCUGGGCGGCGAUGGCAUCACGGCGGUGCCCUCAGUGGCCAAAUUCCACCCUUCGCUCGACUGGGUAGCAGCGGGGACUGCGUCUGGCAAGCUGUGUUUGUGGAUGUAG